AUGCUCGCAUUCCCUCGUGGAUCUCCAGCACCUCCCUACGGGCCUCCAUUAACCGUUUUCGAACCUCCCGGGCCAGCACCCCUCCUGACAUGCGUCCAGCUUUCCCCUCUGACACCUCCAGCGCUGUCUAUAUUGGUCACCAUCAUCUUGUCGAUGUGCCAAUCCAUUCAAGGCCACAUCCUGUACCUCCAGCGCUUUCUCUCGUUCUUGUCCGUUCACCCUCCCGUCCCACAUCAGGGACGUGAAGAGGCGGAUACACCACCUUGUGAGAACUGUAAAGCAGCUUAUGUCUGGAACACGUUCAACCUCCAAAGGAGAAGGGGGUCUUACCAGCAGGCUGCACUGGUACUUCCGUUCUACAACAUGAUCGUAUUGGAUGUCUCUGCUGGUGGCGUGCUGCUGCUUGAGGCACCAGCCGAUGCGCUACGAGACAACACUAGCAUCACGAGAUGGAUGUCGAAAGGUUAG